UUGGUGCAGCGUGUCAGUCUCUCCGCGGCUCACUGUGGAAACACUUCAGGAUCUAGCAGCACUCAGAGCCUCAUCUUCAGCAUCAUGGUCGAGCAGUUCACCGGAACCUGGACUCUGGAUGCCAGCGACAACUUCGAUGAAUACAUGAAGGAAAUCGGUGUGAGCUUUGCCACUCGCCAAAUGGGCAACCUGGCAAAGCCCAACCUGAUGAUCAGUGUGGGGGACGAUGGGUUCAUUUCAAUGAAGUCUGAGAGCACCUUCAAGACCACAGAGAUCAAAUUCAAGCUCAAUGAGGAGUUUGAUGAGACUACUGCUGAUGGCAGGAACACUAAAACCACCAUCACUUUCGAGAAUGGCAAACUUGUUCAAAAACAGAGUUGGGAUGGCAAGACAACCACACUGGAGCGAGAGAUUAAGGAUGGCAAACUGACAGCUAAAUGUGUCAUGGGUGACGUUGUUGCAGUGAGGACCUAUGUCAAGGCGUCGUAAUUCCUCUCUUCAGCUGUUCUGGCCUUUACAUAAUAUCAACACACCAAAUGCACUGAGCUGUUGCCAAACAUGCCAAUAAAGUCUGAACUGUGAUAUUCAA